CAUCCCCCGCUCCCUCUUCUCCCUUCUCCUCAAUUUCUCUCUCUCUCUCCUCUCUACCUUCAUUUUUACAGAGGUUUCUUUCUCACUUGACAAUUUUAUCAAGUACCUCUGUUUUAUCAUUUGUAUACUAUAACACUAUAAAAUAAAUCAACAACAAAAAAAAAAGAUGCAAGAUAUGUGGAAUGCUCCUCCUGGAUUUAGAGCUUCAAAGUCUUCUUCUGCUCCCUGCUCACCUGCAAAGCCGGUUGCGAUGUCGCGUACCCGGUCCGAGUCUUUUCAUAUUACUCACAAAGUUCCUAUUGGUGACACUCCAUAUGUUAGAGCCAAACAUGUCCAGUUGGUGGAUAAAGAUCCAGAGAAGGCAAUUCCUUUAUUUUGGGCAGCCAUUAAUGCUGGAGAUAGAGUUGAUAGUGCUCUUAAAGAUAUGGCUAUUGUAAUGAAGCAGCAAAAUCGGGCAGAUGAGGCAAUUGAAGCUAUUAAAUCGUUGCGAAGCCGGUGUUCUGAGCAGGCUCAAGAGUCUCUUGACAACAUACUUUUAGAUCUUUAUAAGAGAUGUGGAAGAUUAGAUGAUCAAAUAGCUCUUUUGAAGCACAAAUUGUAUUUGAUUCAACAAGGGCUAGCAUUUAAUGGGAAACGAACGAAAACAGCGCGAUCUCAAGGGAAGAAAUUCCAGGUCUCAGUGGAACAAGAAGCAACUCGUUUACUGGGUAAUUUAGGAUGGGCACUAAUGCAGCAAAACAACUAUGUAGAAGCAGAGGAUGCAUAUAGGAGAGCACUAUCAAUUGCACCUGAUAACAAUAAAAUGUGCAAUUUAGGCAUUUGCCUAAUGAAACAAGGGAGAAUCGUCGAGGCGAAACAAACACUCCGGCGAGUGAAACCGGCUGUUGCUGAUGGGCCAAGAGGGAUGGAUUCUCAUCUCAAAGCUUAUGAAAGGGCUCAACAAAUGUUAGCAGAUUUAGAAUCAGAGAUAAUGAAAAAAGCAGGGGACUCUGUUUCAGAACAGAGCAGGCUUUUUAAUACUUUUUUGGGUUCUUCCUCACUUUGGCAGCCUCAACCUUGCAGAGAAACAUAUACAUGUCCAACUAACACUAAAAUCCCAGAUGAAUUUCCUGAUGAAAACACUAAUUCCAAUAUUAAUUGUAGCAAUAAUCAAAAUUUCCCACCAAAACCAAUUGGGUUUUUCCCACUUGCAAAUUCUUUGAACAUUGAUGCUCCCCCAUUUUAUGCCAAGUCAUUGGGGGGAAAUCAAUUGAAUGAAACCCUUAAGAGAACACGGUCCGGGACUGCCGCGAGUUUCGGAAGGGAGAUUAGUCAAGCAGUGGAGACUAUGAAGAUGAAUAACAAGAUUGCUGAUCAAGAGAGGGAAAAUAAGAUGAUGAGGAGAUCAUUUGAGGAACCAAUAAAUAAACUGCUUGAUUUUCUGCCUGAUGAGAAGGACUUUGAAGAUGCAAUCUUAUCUGCAGUUUUGAAUUCUAUUGAUGCAGAAAAUUCUAAUUCUACUGCAGAAGAAGUUAAGAAGAUUUCUCACAAGUUCGAAUUGAAGAAGUCUUCUGCAACUGACAAAAGGUUGAAAGUUUUUCAGGAUAUAACACUGUCCUUGAGUCCUAGGGCUUGAUAAAGAUUAGUCCUGAUUUAAUUUAAUCUAUUUAACUUAUUAUGCUAAUUUAAUUUAUUAAUUUAGAGUUAUAGGAGAUGCACUUGUUCUCCUUAUUUUUCUGUCCAUUGUAUCUGAGGGGCAGUAAUUGUUUCCAGUCUCUUUUCCUACUGUAAUUGGCAGUAGUUUAGAGGAUUGAGAGUUAGUAGUAGUAGUAGUCUUAAUUGUGUUUAACUAAGUAUUCAUUCAUUUGUCACAUGUGGUAAUAAAAGUUCUACUACUAUGGAGUAUUAUU